AUGGUCGAGGGCAGAGUGAUGGCUUCCAGGGGUGGUGGAUCCAUAGGCCGAGGUGCAGGCAGGGCUCAGCGCAGCGCACCGGGAUCUCCACCACGACCUAUGCAGGGGCGAGUAGGGGAUGGACCGGGUGGAGCCGGCGCGAUCUUCGUUGGGGGGUUGCUUACCGUACCGGCGCCGAGCUCUCGUCGCUCUUUCCGUUACGACGGCCCUCGGCCCCCUCCUUCAGGGCAGACGCCGACGCAGCCGGAGAGUGUCAGUGAGGAGGAGGAUGAGGAGGAGGAUGGUGAGGGCGAGAAGGAGGAGGACACUGAGGGGAGCGGGGAUGACAGCGAGGCGGCGUGGGACCCAGAGACGCAUGGCGGUGGGGAGGGGGGAGAUGAUGAUGAUGAAGACCACGAGAUGGAUGGGUUGGAGCCAUCGGGGCGGGAGGAGGAGGUGGGAGAGGGUGGUGGAAGGGCGGCGACAGAGGCGGGAUCACAGCAUGUGCAUGAAGGGGGAGGGAGCGUGGGGGUUAAGGUGGGGGGGGGGAAGGCCGUGACCAUUAGGGAGCCGAGGCAGAGGAAGAAAGCGAACAAGUUGAGAGAGCGUGCGUAUCCCUGCACGUUCACUGGGGAGCCCUUGGGCGAGGGUGUGAUCGCUCCCGAGUUCCUAGACGAGGACGGAGGGUCCGAGAGUAGUAAGGGGACUGGCAAGGGUAAUAGGAAGCCGGGGUGGCAAGUUAUGAUGUUCGGACCGUUAGGGGCAGACGAUAAGCGUCAGUGCAAGAUUUGCACAGACAGGAUUUCGUGGAAGCAAUCCACAACAACCCCGGGCGAGCGGCACUUUGCGAGCUUCCACACUGCGCACAUGCAUGUGUGGCAUCACCGUUACCACACCCCGUCCGUUCACUUGCCAGGGGAGACGUUUCCACGAGGGGGCUACAAGGGAGUGCCGGAUGGCUACGUCUAUCAGUGGCCACAUGCGAAGACUUGGCCGCAGCUCGCCAAGGGGAAAGCGAUGGCGACUGGUGGAGGUGAUGGGUCAGGAGGGAUCGAGCGGUGGAUGACAACCAAACUGACCUCGGUGCAGCUACGGCAGGCGAUCACGAAGCUGGUGGUCACCUGCGACCUCCCCUUCCGCAUCGUGGAGGCCGAGGCUUGCAGUGCUAUAUUAUUUUCAUCCCAUCCCCCUAACGUGUACUCCCUCUCCCCCCUUGUCUCUUCCCCUCUCCAGUUUCUGGUCUAUGCGGCUGCCGCUCUUCAGUCAGCCAUUGCGGAGAUGCUGACGAAGGAGGGGGAGCUGGGGUGCAGGGUGUCGUUCACCAUCGACAUGUGGACGUCGCCCAACAACAGGGCGUGGCUAGUGGUAACGGGUCACUGGAUCGACGAGAAUUACUAG